UGGCCGUCCAGCCGUGUUAGCGGCCAUGGUAAUGGCCGCAUGAGCGCGCCCGGCCUGGAGGCUGGGCCCGGGACAAAGGCCCCAAUUGGGGGGAACCGGGCAGGGCCCCCCAAAAGCAGUAUUGCUGAAUAUUCAAAAAAUUGGAAGCUGUCAUGGCUCUGACCAGUGCCUUCAAAGCGGUUACCAACACACCUGGAUUGAUCAUCUGGAGAAUUGAGAAAAUGGAUCUAAUACUGGUGCCUCCGAAAGCUCAUGGCAGCUUCUAUGAAGGAGAUUGCUAUGUUCUCCUCUCAACCCGCAAAUCAGGCACUGUUGUGUCCUAUGAUGUCCACUACUGGAUUGGAAAAUAUUCCUCACAGGAUGAACAGGGCUGUGCUGCCAUCUAUACUACCCAGCUGGAUGACUACCUUGGUGGAAUCCCGGUACAGCACAGAGAGGUGCAAGGCUAUGAGUCUGACCUCUUCAAGGGCUACUUCAAACAAGGUGUCAUCUACAAGAAAGGGGGUGUUGCCUCUGGACUGAACCACGUGGAGACCAAUACUUACAAUGUCAAGCGGCUGCUGCAUGUUAAAGGCAAGAGGAAUGUCACAGCUAUAGAGGUGGAGAUGAGCUGGGAGAGCUUUAACGUCGGUGAUGUGUUCUUGCUGGAUCUUGGCCAAGUCAUCAUUCAGUGGAAUGGGCCAAAGAGUAACACGCAGGAGCGCAUGAAGGGUAUGCUUCUUGCCAAAGAUAUCCGUGGCAGAGAACGUGGAGGUCGAGCUGAGAUUAGAGUAGUGGAGGGUGAUGAGGAAGAAGCCAGCCCAGAUUUGAUGAAGGUGUUGGAAAAUGAGCUUGGAGCGAGGCCCCAUGACCUCAAACCUGCUGUUCCUGAUGAGGUGGUGGAUCAGCAGCAGAAGAUGCACAUCUUACUCUACCGUGUCUCAGACUCUGGAGGGAAAAUGGAAGUCACAGAAGAGGCACAGAGGCCCCUUGUGCAGGACAUGUUGAGCCAUGAUGACUGCUACAUUUUGGACCACGGUGGGAUGAAAAUCUAUGUAUGGAAGGGCAAAGGAGCCACAAAAGUGGAGAAGCAAACAGCCAUGUCUAAGGCCCUGGAAUUUAUGAAGAUGAAAGGCUACCCUUGCAGCACAAAUCUGGAGACUGUACACGAUGGAGCCGAGUCAGCCAUGUUCAAACAACUCUUCCAGAAGUGGACAGUUGCCAACCAGUCUGUGGGGCUUGGAAAAACCUAUGCCGUGGGCACAAUCGCUAAGAUCAACCAGGAAAAAUUUGAUGUCACCCUUUUGCAUGCUCAGCCAGAACUGGCAGCUCAGGAGAGGAUGGUGGAUAAUGGGGAAGGGACAAUUGAGGUUUGGAGGGUUGAGAACCUGGAACUUGUGCCGGUGGCCUCUCAGUGGCAUGGAUUCUUCUAUGGUGGAGAUUGCUACUUAGUCCUGUACACCUAUGAAGUGAACCGGAAGACACGUUACAUCUUGUACAUCUGGCAGGGAUGCCAUGCCACCGUGGAUGAGCUUGCAGCCUCAGCUUAUCAUGCGGUGGAGAUGGAUCAGCAGUUCAACGGGGAGCCUGUGCAGGUCCGAGUGGCCAUGGGCAAAGAACCGCGUCACUUCCUCGCCAUCUUCAAAGGAAAGCUUGUCAUCUUUGAGGGUGGAACAUCAAGGAAAGGCAGCAGUCAAGAAGAAGCCCCAGUGAGGCUCUUCCAGAUCCGUGGAACAGACAGCUCCAAUACUAAGGCAGUGGAGGUGCCAGCAUCUGCCGCGUCUCUCAAUUCCAAUGAUGUCUUCUUGCUUAAAGCCCAGACAGGGCAUUACCUGUGGUAUGGCAAGGGUUCCAGCGGCGAUGAAAGAGAAAUGGCCAAGCAGCUUGCCAUCAUGAUCUGUGAUGGCCUUCAGGAGACUGUGGCAGAAGGACAGGAGCCAAAGGAGUUUUGGGAGCUGCUGGGAGGCCAAGCUCCUUAUGCAAGUGAAAAAAGGCUGCAACAGGAAGUCCCUGAUCACCCUCCUCGGCUUUUUGAAUGCUCCAACAAAACUGGACGCUUUAUCGUCACCGAGAUAACGAACUUCAUCCAGGAGGACCUCAGUGAAAGUGACGUUAUGCUGCUGGAUACCUGGGACCAGGUUUUCUUAUGGAUUGGCAAAGAAGCCAAUGCGACAGAGAGGAAAGAGGCAUUGACAACUGCUCAAGAAUAUCUGCAGACCCACCCCAGUGGGAGGGAAACUGACACCCCCAUACUGAUAAUCAAGCAAGGUUUCGAGCCCCCCAACUUCACAGGCUGGUUCCUGGCCUGGGAUCCAUAUUGCUGGAGUGAAGGGAAGACAUAUGAGCAGCUGAAGGAAGAACUGAGAGAUGCCAACAGUACUCUCAGAAUCACAGCAGAUCUGGAUGAUGCAUCGCUUAUGCCAAAACCAGGGACCCUGAGUAGUAGUAGCACCACCACCAAACACCAAACCUACUCUCUGGAAGUCUUGCUGUCCUGCCGAGAUGAACUGCCUGAAGAUGUGGAUCCUGCAAAGAAGGAGAGUUUCCUGUCAGAAGAAGACUUUGUGAGAGUCUUUGGCAUCUCCAGGAAGGAGUUUGCUGCUCUUCCGACAUGGAAACAGCUCAACAUGAAGAAAGAAAAGGGGCUUUUCUGAAGCAGCAGCAUUUCCAGAGGUAAAAUAGGAACCAUCAACAUGUUUUGGGGCAGGCCCCAAAUCCAGAAGCACCUUAGCCUAUGGCAGGAGCUGUAUUCAUCCUUCCAACAAUAUAUAUAUCACGUUUGUGCCUAACUGUGCUUUCAACUGCAAUUUUGUAUCUUGCUCAAAGCUGCUGAUGACCAAGAAGCUUCAUUUUUUCCCUCUUUUUGUCUUCACACUUUACAAACCUUCAUUGUCAAGCAUAGUACUAACGGAAGUGGAAAGGCUUUGAAAAUGUAUUGGCAACAGCAUUGUUCUCUCUGCUCUGGGCUUAAAUGCUUUCUAAGAAUAAGUAGCCACAGUGGUUCCUAGAAUUCCAGGACUUCUCAUUUUACACCCAAGAGUCCUAAUAUAGCAACCUUCUAUGUGCCGGGAUGCAUUUCAUUUUUUCUUUUUCUUUUUACAAAUUCCUGGGACUAUUGUGAGCUGGGGGAGCUUUCCUCAGGGCUGCCAAAGUUGCCCACCACUGUGAGUCUCAGCAUUCACCCUAAAGGAGCCAAUCAUCUGAACAUAGCUUGCCAAGGGUGGGGAGAGGGGGGCAUUUACAAAUUCUUUCCCUGAGAGAGGAGAAGGGACACUUUUCAUAGAGCUUGUUCACCACUCUGUAUAAGCCUUUUUAAUACAAAAGGAGCUUCAAGCAGUCUUGUGCUGUGUGAGAAAAAUGCCCCAGCGCUUCUUCAAAGUACACAGCCCCACACACUUUCCAGGAGAAGGGAUAAGCCCAGUGCCAACAAAACCAACAUGCUGCCUACAUCCUGUCUGACAUGCUAAGCAAAAGCAAACUAUAAAUAUAUGUAAUACAAUCUUGAUAAAUAAAAGAUACAUACUGUUAAA